AUGAAAGCAAGCCUUCAUCUCGUCCGACUUUCUGGUUUCAAUCUUGCUGCUCGGCAUCAAUUUUUGGAUCAUGACUUGUUGAACAUCAUCAGCUCAUCAUCGGGAACAAGUGAGGUUGUGAAUGGGGUCAAGCAUGGAGGAAAGGAGGUUUUUUUGAUGGUGAACAAACGAUUUAUUGUGCAAGCAUUGGUAUCGGAACGUGUUCGUAAAUUAUUAGUAUCACUAGAUGACGGUCAUAGGCCAAAUGAAGAAAUAACUUUUGCAGUAGAUGAAGAAUUUAUUAGAAACUUUAUGAAAGUGAAGGAAGAACUGAAUAUAUAUUUUCCAAUAUCGAUAGAAAUUCGAAUGAUUGAAAAGCCAUCAGUUCCUGUUCUAAAGCAAGUUAUUGUACAGCCACUUGCAUCAGAAAAUGUGAACUCUUCGUUUAUUCGAGAGUGGAUUGAAGAGAAUGAAUUUGAUUUUCCGUCGCUUGUUAAAAAGCAGGUGUCAACCUUGUCUACAAGAUUCAAUAUUUUCUCUAUCCGAGACGAUGUAACUAUUGAAUUUCAAAUUGUCGACACAAAACUUCAACUUCAAGGAAUCAUUGAUAGCCAAAUUACAAAAUUUAUUAUCCUCACUGAACCUGGUUUGGCUAUUAAUCGACAACUUUAUACAUUGUCAGGGCUAGAAGGAAUAAUGCUAGACAACAAUGACGACUCUUUUGAUGAUAUUCUUUCUUCAGAUUUUAUUGCCAACAAAACUGAGAAAUCUAUUGAAAUUGAUCAACUUCAUCAUGUUACCACAAACAAUCUUUUAAGCAUUCUGAGAAAUUAUUCACCAAAUUACAAUGCCCAUUCCAAAGAAGAUCCUCAUUCCUUACUAUUAGUUAGUGCUAGCUAUUUUGCAAAAUUGAAUUGUAUGGAUAAAAUGUGGGGACGAGUUAAUUCUUCACAGUCCGUUCUCAUAACACUUGUUCAUGGAGAAGAUUUACCUUACGAAGGAGCAAUUAUGACAAAUAUGUUAUAUUUUAAUCUUGGAAGACCCAACAAAAUACAACUUACCUCAAAUGUUAAUGCACCAAAGACCGCUUCAAAGGUUAUUCUAACACCAAUCCAAAGCCCAAACCAUUUUGGAACUACUCUUAUUUCUGGUACAGAAGAGGAACAAAGAAUUGAACAACGGCUUUUUGAAAAACAACUCGAUAUUUAUUUUUCUUCUCAAUCGCGAGUGUUGAGAAAGAAUGAGAUAAUUAUGAUCAACAACCCUACCAUUUCGUUUAUCAAAUCUGACGACUCGAUGCAAGUUCAAGUACUUGCGCAAUUAGAAACAGUCAAGAGAAUUGAUCCUUUACAUGCAGACUAUACCUGUUACAGAGUGGAUAGUGUAGAAGUGGAUAAUGAAGAUUGCAAUGACUCAGUUAUUGUAUCUUCUUCUGAAACCAUUCUAAUUACGAACGCUCAACCUAUGAGAGGUUACAUUCCUUCUGAAAUUCCAUUAACCGAUUACUAUGAAUUGAACGUUACAAAACAACUGUCGCGAUAUAUUGAACCUAUCAUUUCAAUUUACAAACAAUUUCCUCAAGGUAAUUCAGCACAAAAGAGUCUGGUGCAACAGCAUUUUCUGUUAUAUGGAGAGGAAGGAUCUGGUAAAACCAUUGCAAUCCAUUCAAUUUGUGCCAAGUAUGGAUUUCAUCUGCUUGAAAUUAACGCAUUUGAAAUUAUUAAUGAAUCAGACUCGAUCACUGCCCAAAAUUUGUCACAGUGUUUUGCUCUAGCAAGACAAUGCACUCCAUGUAUACUCUAUGUCAAGCACUUUGAAGCAUUUGAUCAGCUAAGUAACAGCGGAGGUGGAGCCAGUGUGAAACAACAUUCAAAAAUUAGAAUUGUGAAGUGCCUGAAACAAUGCCUCAAGCCAAAGAAUAAUUCGUUUCCAUUAAUUUUUAUUCCUAGUGUUUCUUCGUUAGAUUUAUUGAGUCCAGUUUUCAAGAAUUUAUUCCUUACUAAAAUUGAGGCAAGGAAAAAUUUGAGUGAAGAUGCAAGAGAGCAAUUCAUUCGACAAGCAACAAACAUGAUGACAGAAGGCAGUAUUUGUAAUAUUGACAUUUCUGCUUCACAGAUCGUCAAGCUCACAAGUGGUUGCUCCAUUUACGAUCUCAACAAAAUUGUCCAAAUUUCAAAAUCUCAAGCCGUUAUCGAAUCAAUGAACACACAAAACAAGCUCACAUCAAAAGAAAAUGGAAAUACUCCACCUCCUCAUGUUUAUUUAUCCACUCUUUCACACAAGCACAUCAUACAAGGGGGACUUAAAUGGCACAAAAAGUAUGCUGCAUCUGUGAGUGGAAGUAAUGUUAGUAGCACUACCAAUGUGUCUAUUCCCACAGUCAAUUGGCAGGACAUUGGUGGUUUGGAGCAUGCAAAGCAAGAAAUUUUGGAUAUCAUUCAAUCACCACUACAAUCUCAUAAUUUGAAAUCAAGAAGUGGCGUGUUGCUCUAUGGACCUCCUGGUUGUGGUAAAACAUUGCUUGCAAAAGCUGUAGCCACCGAAUGUCAACUGAACUUUAUGAGUGUGAAAGGUCCUGAGUUGAUUAACAUGUAUGUUGGAGAAAGUGAACGCAAUGUGAGACUUGUAUUUGAAAAAAGCUCGACAGUAGGAGCUAGUGGUGACUCUGGAGGUGUGAUGGAUCGAGUGGUUUCUCAGUUACUUGCUGAGUUGGAUGACAUUGGUAGUGCCAGUGGAGAUGAAGAUAAUGACACCUCCAACAAGGGAGUGUUUGUGAUUGGUGCGACCAACAGACCUGACCUUAUUGAUCCUGCGUUAUUACGGCCUGGUAGAUUUGAACGUUUGGUUUAUCUUGGAGUUUCAAAAUCUAGAGAAGAACAGCUGAAAGUAUUGAAAGCUCUAACAAGAAAAUUUAAUCUGAAGGAUGAUAUUGACUUUGAAAAGCUGUUGGAACAAAGCAGAUUCAAUUUAACAGGCGCUGAUUUUUAUGCCAUUUGCACAGAUGCAUUCAUGAAUGCUGUCAGCAGAGCCACCUCUCAGGGUGACAUUUCGCAAAAGCAGUCACAUCAAAUCGUUGUGUCUCAUGACGAUUUCGAGAAAGCGUUCAAGAACAUUACACCAUCUGUUUCUGUAGCGGAUUUAGAGAGAUACGAGUCAUUGCAAGGAACAUUUGAAAAGUAA